AUGCGGGCCCUGCGCCUUCUGGCUACCUCUGGCCUGGACGAGCACUCGGGCAUCCUGGCAUCCCUCUCUGAACAUAGUGCCUCGGUCAACUGCGUGCGCUGGCAUCCCUAUCGCCUCCUUCUGGCAUCGUGCAGUGAUGACGGGCUAAUCCUUCUCUGGCAACCAAUGACCGGUGCCUUUGCCAGCAACUUUGGGGAAGAGCAGUCGACCGAGGGCUGGCGUCCGCAGACCGUGCUGCGUGGGCACGGUGAAAUUGAUAUCGUCAGCCUAGCCUGGUCCCCCGACGGUGAUCGCCUCAUCUCCUGUGCCAUUGAUCACCGCAUCCUCGUCUGGCAAACGUCCACUGCUCGCAAGAUCUGCGAGCUUGAGGGUCACGAUGCCCCUGUGCGCGGCAUCAGCUGGGAUCCUCUGGGGGCUUUUGUCGCCUCACAAGGCGAAGAUCAAAAGGUUUGCAUCUGGGACACGACAACUUGGAAGCAGGAGGCUGUCGUCACUGAACACUUUAGCCAGCAAGGAGCUUCGGGCAUGUUCUAUCGACUUGACUGGACUGCAGAUGGCUUGGGUCUCAUUGCUGUACAUGGCCAAAACAAUCAUUUCCCCGUCGCUGUUUCCAUUGAUCGCAAGCGCUCGGGAUAUGAGCAACCGCUCGCUGCCAUCCGCAAUCUUUUUAGCAACAGCGUGACCGAUAUCGCUUGGAGCCCACUGGGCGCCGGCGAGUGUGUCUGCGUCUCUGUCGAUGGUUCCGUUGCCUUAAUUUCACUGAGCCCAGGCGAGAUUGGUAUUCCUUUCAGUAACGCGCUCCAACACAAGCGCUUGCAGGAGCUCUAUGGGCCAGGCGUCUUUGAACGCCCUGUCAUGGCAGCCAAUUCAGCUGCUUUCGCAUUGGCUCGUAGCGUUGAUGCGGUCGCGGCCUCGCAUGGCCCGGAGGCCGACAGUCCAAGCCGAAGCAGCGAGCCGGGUCGUCUGGAGCAGCACGAUGGGUCUCCGGCUGCCAAACGCCGCUUGGAACCUGUGUCAAUGGGUUCCAGUGCUGCCGCCAUGACAUAUACGCAUCAACGGGAAAGGCGCACCUCUGACAACCGUAGGCGUAUUCAGCCAAUGGUCGGCAUUGUCAGCUCAACCUCCACACCCUUGGCCACGUCGGUCGUCGGCAACACGUCAAGUGACCCAGCCGCAAACAGCGUCAUCACCACCACGGCUCAGCCCGUGGCCCAUGUUGCCGGCCCUUUGGUUGACCUGAGUGCGGCGGCUCUGAGCGACUCUUUCACGUGCCACGUGGCUGCCGAUCAGACCGCAACCACACCAAAGCUUCGCCUGGAAAUUAACAAUACUUGGGUCAAGUACACGGAGCAUAAAAAGUCCCACGUGAUGGGCCUAGUCCAAUGCUUUGGUCCAGAGGAGAACACCGCGCCCCUCCCGUCAUCAAGCCAUGGCAUGGCUGGGGAUGAAGCUGCAAGUAGCACCCAACCAACCUCAGCCACAAGGAGCGCUUCACAGCUUGACGUAACACAAGCAGCCCCACCCACUCCCAUCUGGGAAGCGGUUGUUGGCGAAAAGGUUGCAUGCUGUGCCACCAGCACAACGGUUUUGGCUCUAGCCUCCCAGGACGGCCAUCUUCACUUCUUCAGCUUGCAAGCAGGCCUACGGCUAUCGCCCCCCUUUCGCGUUGCGCCGUUUGUGGCGUUGAUGCGCUUUGUUGAGGACGUUCUCAUUGUCGUAACAUCAAGCGCGCGCGUUUACGCUUGGCGUGUCGACUCUAAGGGUGCCCUCAGCAAGCUGUAUGCCAAUGUUGAUCUCCAGCCCGUCCUUCCCGGCCGAUCCAAUAGUAGCACCCUUGCUGGGGUGGACUUGCUGGACAAUACGACGCUGAUCGUAUAUCUGCAGAUGAAAGGGCUGGCAGCUCGACAUCCGUUUCCAUCUGUGUUGGCUCCUCCUCGGGCGCUGAGCGCCGCGGUGCAGAAUACCGAUUCAGCCCUUUUGCGCCUUCAAAGCCGGGUCAAUGUGGUUGCCGCUUCCGCUACGCAAAUGCGCGAGGCCGCCGCGCUGGACGAAUCAGCCCUGCGCCUUGUCAAGGUCAGCCAAGCCGAGGCCAAUGUGGUUACAGCACGCGUGAUUGGGGACGUGGCAGCCUUUGAGCAUGCCGUACUUCAAUUCGCACGAAUUUGCGCCGAGGUUGGAGCUGUUGAUCCACUGCGUGCCCUUUGUCGAGGGCUCUUGCAAAGACCACCAGCCUCUCCACUUGAGCAGGCCUGCUACAGCUGCACGGGCUGUGACACGCUGCUUGUGCUGCGCCGGGUGCUGAUGCUCUUGGCCAGUCGAUCCGAUCAAGAUGCGCUAGUCGAGGACAUGAAGGAGCUUUUAGAUGAGGCGCAAGCCAGUCUGGAAAAGGGCGCCGCUCGCGCAACUACAUGA